AGUCCAGCAACUUGCCCACUUGCAUCAAGUUCGUGCAUAAAACCUAAUCAGAACUUUGCCUUCUCCUUCCUCGCUUAGGUAUAGCUAAACCAUCACUGGAAGCUAGCUAAGCUAGGAACCCACCUGCUUGAAGCCUCAGUUUCCGCACAUCAGAUCAAUCUCUAAUUCUCCUUCUUCUUGUGGUCUGUGAUUGCCGUCAGAGAGAGAGAGAGAGAGAGAGAUGGGGAGGGGGAAGAUAGUGAUAAGGAGGAUAGACAACUCGACGAGCAGGCAAGUGACCUUCUCCAAGAGGCGGAACGGGCUGCUGAAGAAGGCCAAGGAGCUCUCCAUCCUCUGCGAUGCGGAGGUCGGCCUCAUCGUCUUCUCCAGCACCGGCAGGCUCUACGAGUUCUCCAGCACCAACAUGAAAGCUGUGAUAGACCGGUACGCCAAGGCAAAAGAGGAGCAGCUUGGAGUGAACAGUGCAACUUCAGAAAUUAUGUUCUGGCAAAGGGAGGCAGCAAACUUGAGGCAACAACUGCACAGCUUGCAAGAAAGCCACAAGCAACUAAUGGGAGAGAGGCUUUCUGGUCUAGGUGUGAGGGACCUCCAAAGUUUAGAGAAUCAGCUUGAAACAAGCCAACGUAGUGUCAGAAUGAGGAAGGAGCAUCUUUUGAAAGGUGAAAUCGAAGAGUUGCACAGGAAGGGUUGCCUAAUUCACCAGGAAAACAUGGAACUCAGUAGACGAGUGAAUAUCAUGUCAAAACAAAAUGCAGAACUACAAGAAAAGCUCCAGGCCUGUGAAGUAAGAGGUGUUGCUGGUGCAAAUAACAGCUCAAGCACUCCGUACAGCUUUUGUAUUGUACAAUAUGCAGAUGUCCCUGCUAAUAUUGAUGUGAGACAAUCACAACAAAAAGAGGGAGCAUAGCAAAACAGGGGCUCCAUAACUUGGCAGACUUCAACUGCGCUAAGAAGAUGCAGUACAAGCUGUGAAUCAUCAUGAUGUUCUACCAAUUUCAACGUUCAAUGCGGAGCACUUUGGUUGCCAAGAGUAUUAUGUGCUAUAUACUAGCUGAGUGAACAAAAUGGUUUGUGUAGAGACUACUGUAAUGACCAUUUAUGUUAUCUGAGGUUCUACCGUAUUUCUGCAACAUACUGGUUAUUGUAAUGAUGAAUAUCAUACAGUAAUUGUCAUACCACUGACCGUGUAGAUAAUUU